AUGAUUUUGAAACGAUAUAAUGUACGACCAGCUGCCUACCGUAUAUAUAACAAAUACCAUUCAAUGAGGGGUUUCAGAAGGCGCAGGACGAAAGCGUUUAAAUUGCAAAAAAUCCUAAAUCAUCUUUUGAGUAAGGAGGGCAAUUUGAUUAACAGGAUCCGAAUGAUGUCCAAGCAUAAAACCCGGGCCAUUUUGGCUGAAUCCAUUAAAUUGAUACAGCGACAAAAUCGUGAACUUCAAACAAAUUAUCUGCAAGUUGAAAAGAAUGAAAAAAGGCUGAAGAAACUAUUACGAAAAUUAAACAAACAUAAAAAACACAGCUUAUUUCUCAAAAAAAUGUUAAGCAAUUUGAAAAUGCAAAUUAAUGAUCACGAUUGCAGUCAAGCAACUAAACUUAAUAUUGGAGAAAUGUUAAGGUCUCAACUAAAAGUAAUGAAAAAUCGAUCCAUAGGCAACAUAAAAGAAGCACAAGAAUAUAUAAAUGUUGUAAGGAGUUUAUGGGAAAGCCAUUUACGAUAUAUGAGAAGAAGUAGGUCUUGGAGACGCAAACCAAAAUAUACUUUUAAUAAAUCCAUAUGGAUGUUCUUAAACUCACUAAAAUCUCAAACGAAUGUCAAAACAACAAAGGACACGGACGACAACAAAAACGUUUCGCACUCAAAAGGACCCUACACGGUGACAAACAAAUUUAAAUUAUUCGCUUCGGGAGACGAUUUCAAUGUAAAGUCAAGUAAAAAACAUAUUCAUAGACGCAUUGUGCGGCCAAAACAAUUAAACCCAAUAAACUUAGAUUUUUUGAAAGAUCCAUAUGAAGAUUCUCAAAAAAGAAGCACUCAUAACUUACCGGCAUCGAGGCUAAAGGUUAAAGUUUAUCCACGAAAAAAGAUCGAAACACACAAUACAGCGGAUGAAGAAAUUUCUCCUGACACAGAUUUAAAACAACCGAAAAUAGCAUUUGGCGAAAAAAUAUUGAAUAAAGAAGAAAAACAGGAGGGAACCUGGAGGAGACCACAUUAUAUCGACUCAAAAAUAAUUAUAGGUAGAGACCUAAAGAGGUCGAAAAAAAGAAAAGCCUCUGAACUGAAAAAGAAAUUCGCGUUAAAGAAUACAUUUCCAAAUUUGAAAAUGCGUCUUGGAAGGCUUAGAGGAGUUCGAAAAAACAAUGCAGCGGUUGAAGACGAGUCCUUGGAAAAGGAUACAUUUGCAAAUUUGAAACAGCGACUUGGAAAAAUGCGACACAGAAGAGUCCGAAAAAACUCUUCAGCGAUUGAAGACGUAUCCUUGGAAAAAGAUACAUUUCCAACUAUGAAAAUGCGACUUGGAAAGCACAGAAAACUUCGAAAAGACUAUGCAGCGAUUGAAGACGAGAAAGAAAAGAGUACUCUUCCAAACUUGGAAGCGCCGCAUGGAAAGCACAGAAGGGUCCGAAAAAACAAUGCAGCGAUUGAAGACGAGUCCUUGCAAAAAGAUACAUUUUUAAAUUUGGAAAAGCCGCAUGGAAAGCACAGAAGCGUCAAAAAAAACAAUGCAGCGAUUGAAGACGAGUUUUUGCAAAAGGAUACAUUUCCAAAUUUGGAAAAACCGCAUGGAAAGCACAGAAGAGUCCGAAAAAACAAUGAAGCGAUUGAAGACGAGUUCUUGCAAAAGGAUACAUUUCCAAUUUUGAAAAAGCCGCAUGGAAAGCACAGAAGAGUCCGAAAAAACAAUGAAGCGAUUGAAGACGAGUUCUUGCAAAAGGAUACAUUUCCAAUUUUGGAAAAGCCGCAUGGAAAGCACAGAACAGUCAGAAAAAACCAUACAGAAGAAGAAAACGGUUCAUUGCAAAAUGUUCAAUCAGAAGAAAGAGAGGAGAGUCAGGCAAAGAAUGAUCUUGAUAGGUCUUCAAAAUCUUCAACCAUUAAAAAAAUACAACAUUUCUCGACAUACGAAAAAUUGAAAUCUGCUUAUCGAACGGAAAGUUUAAAGCCAACGAGACAUAGUUCAGUUUUCAAUAAAAAAGAUAAAUCCGAAGAAAGCCUAGCCAAGCAGAAGUCUGUAUCAAAAUAUAUCGACAUAAAAACCAACUUGAAUUCAUCUCAUUUAUCUCAAACAAGCUUCUUUUCAGUAGGAAAACUGAAAGUGAAUUCCGGACUUUUGCCAAAAUCCUCUAUGAGAUCACUGGAUGACUCCCAACCACCCUUGUCAUCAAUGGCUACAACGAUUAUCAAUCUUUUGUUCGAAGAUAGGCCAAUAGCUUCGGAUAAACCAAGAACACAUCAUAAAACAUUAGACAUUACAAAAAUGUCAUUAAACACUUUUUUGGGAACGAUUUCUAGGAUGAAGCCCUCGGAUCAGGCAAAUGCGGUGUGGAACGAUUUGCAGGGGAAAUAUAGAGAGUGGUUUUCCCAUGUUAUAAUGCCAGAGGAUGCUCAGAAAUGCAAGAAAAUUCUCAAGUGGCGCUAUAUUCACAAUAUGCAAAAGGUCUUACACAAUCAUGUCAAGCAGUUUAAGAUUGAUUACGAUGGCGGGCGAUCAGAAACAGGUUCCAGAAAGUCUAUAAUGUCAAGUAGGGCAUUUCGGUCCAGUUACGUAGUACCAACCAGCAUUGGAUCACUAGGAGUUCCCAAAAAGGCAUCUAGCACAGACAUUUCCCCGAUCAGACGAAUGCACGACACUCUACUGCGAUUGCAAAUGGAUACGUUGAGGUCAAGGGCCUUUGACAAGAAUGUGGAGGAAAUGGAGCGCAUGAUCAUGGGUAGACAGGUACCCAUGAGUGCGGAAGAAAUGGAAAUCUAUAAGAAAUAUAAAUCUGAUCCUCAGCACUACAACAUACUGAUACUAACGUCCGGCAAACCCAUUACGGAUGAGAAGUAUGAGGAAAUGUUGCCGGUUCUGGAGAAAAAUUUUCAAUUUAUAAAAGAACAAUUAAUGUUACUUUCCAGGGAAAAGCGGGUUCAGGAAAUGAAAUUCAGAAACGAAAUACAAAAAGCGGAAGAAGAAGUAAUGUCAAAAGUUUCCGCCGAAAGUUGCCAUAUGGAUCGCACAGAUUUAAAUGAAGCAUAUCUGGAGGCAAGGAGAAAAAUUUGGGCAGCCUACAUUGCCAAACAGGACAAGACUCCUACAGAGAUUCUGUUGGCUCAAGUACGGUAUAAGAAACGAAUGGAUCAGCUGGCCAGAAAACGAGAGAACCGCGAACAGCGAAUCCUGCAGGAGCAGCGGCUUCACAAGAAAAGAAGACCACUUAGUGAUCUAUUUCGAGCUCCAAGGCGAACGAACCGCGAGCGACAAGCCAUCGAGGACAUCAAGGACAAGCUGGAGGGCACUAAAUCUAAAUGCUCGCUAACAUCAUUUUGUUGCCGACAGUGCAGCAGGUGCGGCUUGAUCUGGUCAGAGAAAUGUUCCGAAGAAUCCAACGAUACUUCAGAAGAACACAUCUGUCAAAAUGUAAAAGCAAGAUAGGUCUUAGGAUUUGAACAAAUUCCUUGGGCAAGUCUUAUUUUUGGUGGUGGUACAGAAAUCUCCUUCCAUCAAAUUCUAACCACAAGUUUGUAUGAAUUUGGUAGAAAGCGAUUUUUAUACCACCAAUGAAAA